UCACAUGCAUGUGAGCUUGAUGAGUGAGCUGGCGUCUUAUGUACUUUCGCUUGGUCUCAAUACUUAUAAAUCGCAUCCUCUGCUUAUUACUUCCAGCUAUCUCACCACUUAGACUUUCACUAUGAUCGGUCGUUCCUCUUUGCUGGCAAAGUCGGUUGCGAGAAAUAUCUCCACCAAUGGCUUUAGGCGUUUGGCUUCUACCAAGUCUCUCAAAGAAACACUUCAAGAAGUCAUCCCGGCGAAGCAAGAACAACUUAAGAAACUGAAAGCCGAGCACAGUCAAGCUGUAGUGGGGGAGGUCAAAGUGGAGAAUAUCCUGGGUGGCAUGCGUGGUCUCAAAGCCAUGCUCUGGGAAGCCUCAGUCCUAGACCCGAAUGAGGGCAUCCGUUUCCACGGGAUGACUAUCCCAGAUUGCCAAAAGGUGCUUCCCCCAGCACCUGGUGGCAAGGAGAUGACAGCUGAGAGCAUGCUCUGGCUUCUUCUGACUGGCAAAGUCCCCUCCCCGGAGCAAAGCCGUCAAUUGUCUGCUGAGCUUGCAGAGAAGGGAGAACUCCCGCAAUUCGUCACGCAACUUAUUGACUCCCUGCCAAAGACCCUCCACCCAAUGACUCAGUUGGGCAUGGGUGUUGCAGCUUUGAACCACGACUCUGAGUUCCAAGCAGCAUAUGAGCGUGGAAUUAAGAAGCCGGAUUAUUGGACGUACACUCUCGAAGACUGCUUGAACCUCAUCGCGAAACUACCUGCUUUGGCGGCCCGUAUUUACCGCAAUGUUUACCACCCCGAGAGGUCGUUAGAAUCUGUGGACAAGAACUUGGAUCUUGUUGGUAACUACUCGAACAUGCUCGGGUUUGGUCAGAACGAGCACUUGACGGAGUAUCUCCGUUUGUAUAUCGCUUUGCACGGUGACCAUGAAGGUGGCAAUGCUUCGGCUCACACUGCUCACCUCGUUGGAUCAACGCUCUCUGACCCGUAUAUCUCCUACUCCGCCGCUCUCUUUGCACUCGCUGGACCUCUUCACGGUCUAGCGAACCAGGAAGUGCUGAGAUGGCAGAUGGCCAUGCAGAAGGAGAUUGGUGACAACAUAACUCAUGAUAACAUCAAGGACUACCUCUGGAAGACGCUGAAGAGCGGCCAAGUUGUUCCCGGAUAUGGGCAUGGGGUCCUGCGUAACCCUGAUCCUCGAUUCGUUGCUCUCCAGGAAUUCUGCAAGACUCGCCCAGAGCUGCAAGCAAGCCCCAUUAUCCAGCUCGUGCAACAGACGGCCGAGAUUGCCCCUGAUGUUCUCAAGGAGCACGGAAAGACGAAAAACCCUUACCCGAAUGUUGAUGCAACUUCAGGCUGCGUGUUGUACCAUUACGGUCUGACUGAGUUCAAGUACUACACCGUUAUCUUCGGUGUUUCGAGGGCUUUGGGAGCUCUGACCCAAUUAGUCUGGGCACGAGCGUUGGGACUACCUCUCGAGCGGCCUAAAUCGUACUCAAUGGACGCCCUUCAGAAGCUCAUCAAAAAUUAGAUGGAAAUUGCCAGAGAAGCUGAUGUUAUGGGUAUAGCAUGCCUGAUUGUGGGUGGACAGUGAGGGCACUUGGCAUUAUGUUAUUGGAACCACAUUUAUAUCCCGCAAAAUAUGGAAACACAAUAGAAACGCAACGUAUCGGUAUCGUAC